GUUAGUGACAGGGAAGCCUCUCGCUCGGUUAGCGCUGAAUGAGUGGCGUCUGUUGACUUUCUGCUAGCUUACAGACUAAACUAGAAGGAACCUGUUCGACAAUGUAAACAUAUUGAAUAGUUUUUAUAAUUAAUAGUCUUCUCCAGUUGCUAUUUAUUAGUAUUAAAAUCCGCACACCAUUUAACUCUGUAUGUGACCUUGGGGCCGUUUGUUGCCAGGUCUGGUUAUCACGUCAGGUACCAAGUAGCGUAAAGUUAAGAGGCUAACGUAACUUUUUCAGAGAUGCAGGUGCAGAAAGUCGUUCUCAACUCACGACCAGGUACAAACGGGGCGCCAGUUCCUGAGAAUUUCCGUCUGGAGGAGGCGACUUUAGCACCUGACCUGAAAGAUGGGGAGGUCCUUGUUCGGACGCUUUACCUCUCAGUCGACCCUUACAUGCGAUGCAGAAUGAAUGAAGACACAGGUGCUGAGUACCUGACUCCAUGGCAGCUGUCUGAGUGUGUGGAUGGCGGAGGUGUCGGUGUGGUGCAGUCCAGCCGCUGUAGUGCCUGCACUGAGGGAGACGUGGUCACUUCAUUCAACUGGCCUUGGCAGACCUUUGCUGUUAUGAAAGGAAGUGUCUUACAGAAGGUCGAUCCGCAGUUGGUUGAUGGGCACUUGUCUUACUUUUUGGGUGCAAUUGGCAUAACAGGCCUCACUGCACUGUUGGGCAUAAGGGAGAAGGGCAACGUGACCAAGGGGGCCAAUCAGACCAUGGUGGUGAGUGGAGCGGCUGGGGCCUGUGGCUCCAUAGCCGGACAGAUCGGCAGGCUGGAUGGUUGUGUGAGAGUAGUUGGGAUUUGUGGUUCUGAUGAGAAGUGCAGAGCUUUAGUGGAAGACCUGGGCUUUUCUGCAGCCAUAAACUACCGCCAAGAAGACGUCCCUGCUAGGCUGAAGGAGUGCUGCCCUGGUGGGGUAGAUGUUUACUUUGACAACGUGGGAGGUACCAUCAGUGACACUGUAAUCGCACAGAUGAACAAUGGUGGCCAUGUGAUCCUGUGUGGGCAGAUCUCGCAGUACAACAAGGAUGUGCCGUACCCUCCACCCUUGAGCGAUGAGACACAGGACACCCUGCGGAGUAAGAACAUCACCCGGGAGAGAUUUACGGUGCUCAACUACAUGAACAAAGCAGACGCGGCCCUCUGCGAGCUCAGUCAGUGGGUUAAAUCAGGCCAAAUCAAGGUGCUGGAAACUGUGGUGAAUGGCAUCGGGAGUAUGGGAGAUGCGUUUUGCUCUAUGAUGAAAGGGGGAAACAUUGGCAAGCAAAUUAUAAAGAUAUCAGAGUGAAGAAAAUCACCGUAGCUGCCAGCAGAGACUGCUCUCACCAGACGCCUUGGGAAAUUAACCUUCUGUUGCCUCUCCAUUACUGCCGUUAACACUAACUUAAUGAACUCUAGAACGACAUUGCCCUGAUUAUCUGAAGCCCAGUGUUUGCAAUUAUGAACCAUAGAUGAAAACUUUUUUGUGUUUUUUGUUCUCAAGAAAAAUAAAAUGAAAUGUAAAGAA